UAGAGGUGGUGGCAGCGUGCUCCGAGCUCUCUCGUCCGUGAUCUCACAAGCGUGGUGCGAUGGCGGCGUUCCGUUACACGCACGCUGUGGUCAGUCGCAUUCCGUCGUCGCUAGCAACGCGGGGCGAAAUCGACCUAGACGAAGCUAAGAAACAGCACGAAAACUACGUGAGGCUGCUCAGGGAACUCGGCCUCGACGUGAUCGAGCUACCACCCGAUGAAACGCUCCCCGAAUGCGUUUUCGUCGAGGACUGUGCCGUCAUUUGCAACGGGGCCGCUCUGAUCACGAGACCGGGAGCCCAGCACCGAGUCAAAGAAGCGGAGACGAUUAGGGUGGUGCUCAAAAAAGAACUGGACAUUCCGAUCAUCGAGAUGUCCGACGACAAAGCAAGACUCGACGGCGGGGAUGUCCUUUUUACAGGCAGAGAAUUUUUUGUCGGAUUAUCCCGCUGGACCAAUGAGGCGGGAGCACGGGCAGUGGCUGCCGCUUUCCCUGAGUACCCGUGUACCCCCAUCAAGGUUCCCGAGCCGAAACACCUGAAAUCCUACGUCACGGUUGGCGGUCCCGACCUCCUCUGUGUAGGCGUGGGUAGGGAAUGCCAAGAGGUGCUCAAAAGAAUGGAAAGAGAGGCCACCUUCAGUUACCAAACACUCACCCUUCCCGAAGACGAGGCUGCUAACGUGUUGUACCUGAAUGAAACGCUGGUGCAUAGGUCUAUUGACGAAAUACCGUUGUCGUUUAAGGUGUUUGACGAAAAAAUAGAUUACCCGAAACGGUCGGUGAAUAUAUGCCAACUUGCCCAUCUAUCCUGCGGAUUGACGUCGAGCUGUUUGUUGAUCCGAAGGACUCGCCACAUACGAAACUUGUAAGACCGGUGCGUGUGUAGCAGAUUCUUGCCACCUUCAAAGUCUUCAUUCCUUGCCGUCGACUCGCCCUGACCCCCCCCCCCCCACCCUGACAUGCGCAGUUUAUUAUAUUGAUUAUUUCCAUGACAAAACAAAAAUUAUCAAUUGAAAUUAAAAAAGAAGUGGCCUUCAUUGCAGUACAAUGUUGUAGUACAUGCAUUACCAGAGAGUAAAAUAUCAAACAGUAGAGACUAUUGCAGAAUUUAAACAACUGUUCUAUUGUCGCGAUCUAAGACCUAACAUAAAAAAUGUUCAACAUGUUAGUGUAGGGUGUGUGUAGGUUCUUUCGUUUGAAACGUACCAAGUACCGUCUGCUUGUUGUAUACAAUACUAACUUCUCAUGUUGCAAUUUGACGUUGCUAGUUGCUGCAGUUUGUUGCAUAAGUCAUAGAUACGCGAGAAUUACAAGCUUUUGAUCGACCUCUCAAAAAUAACUUCGCAAGUUAGUAUAUAUAAAAACCAACAUUACUUCACUCUGUGCUGUUGGAUUAUCGAGGAUCCCAUCCAGAUAAACAUCAUAAAAUACGAAGAAAUUAAUAUUUACAUAAUUCUUAAAAAUUGAUUUUCCUAACUCCACUUUUAGUGCAGCAACUUCUCGCAUGAAAUUAGAACAAAUUCUACUUUGACGCUGCUCCGUUCCAUGCAAUCAUAUAGCUAUAAGAUAAUAUAAUGUCAUUACUACCGACAGGUGGCUAUUUUCAGUCGAGAAGGUAUUACACGAAAUAUAAGAAAGCAAUUAAGCUACAAUUUUUACUAGAAUAAGCAUAACACAUAUCCCUUGUCAAUUAUUGUCUAUAGGAGGCGCUUCUUGAGCAUUUUUUCACCUAGAUGUUUCAUGUGCGAUAUCUCAAUGUUAUUUCAAUGGAGGUUGAACCUAUGAGUUUAUUAAAACUAACGCUUUACGCGGAUUUACAAAAAAAAAUAACUUACUUAAAAAAAUAUGUAAGUGCAGAAAUUGCAUCGUAUCUAGACGGCUUCAUGGACAUAAGCUCCAAACUAAUUACAUAAUCAUACUGACGCCAACGUGGGUGAUGCAAUUCUGCACUGCUUUUCCAGACCUUAACUCCUUUUUUGGCUGAAAAUUUAAUAGGGUUUCGACAUAUUUUGAGAAAAUAAUGCUGUAAAAAUGCCGCAUCCAAACGUCGACGAUCUGUCAGCGGCCAUGUUGUUUGUUCAAAGCCGCAAGGUCUUAUGGGUCCUACGUCAUAAUUUAUCAUUAGAGCUACCAUUGGUUAUAAACCAAAUUUUUAAUCUCGCUCAUACGCACGUUGAAUGGACCUUCUCAAAAAAUUACAUAGUUGCUUCUUGAGUUCGUGUACUGUCAGCAUAGACAGGACCUCUAUGUGUCUGUAGCUAUAUGCAUGCAUUUAUUGGUUCAAAUUACUCUACUUACUGACGUAAUUCUUACUGAAAUCAUUUAAAUAUUAUUGAUGAAACAAUACUUCUUUAAAUAUUUGUAAGAAAUAAAGUUUAUAAUAAUUUCAAUUAAAUAAUAUUUAAACCUUUCUAACCUUUUAAUAGUAUAUUAUACAACGUUUUGUAGACGCCUCUUUAGUCACGUGUUUGUUUUGGCAGCGAACACAGCCCAGCAAGUGUUUCAAUAAACGAACUUGUAUGACAAAGAGAGGAAUACCCAUUCCUGUUCGUCUCCCUCAAAAUAAUAAAAUCCACACCGUAACCGAAACCAUUAGAGUUUAGGUCGACUUUUUUGCCGUAAAGUUACAAAUCUUGUAGCCUCUUGUUGGUUUUUUACUAUCUGGUGCGUAAACCAAAAUCUUCGUUUCUGUUGGCCACACAGAUACAUUGGGGCAUAGCAGCUGUGGAAUGGUUUUCGGUGAGAGUAUCGGGUUUUGAUUCUGCCAUUUUUGUUCUAAAUUUAAUGAACGUCAUUGGACCAAAUAUCCGUGCGAAAUUUUAACUAUUUAAAGUGCAAACUGUAUAACGCACUGAAAAAAUCGUAAAAGUGCAUAUUUUGCAAAAAUGAAAAGCCUUAUUCGCCACUCUUAGUUGUAAAAGAUAUUCCACAUAUACAAUUUGAGAUUAACUAUUUUAUUGUUAGAGGCUGUAUAGGUAAGACAAAGUUAUUAAAUGGAACUCUAGUUAUUUUCUAAUAAUUACCUCGUAAAGGGGUAGUUAUUUUUUACUUACCGGUCGACUCUGAUAUUUAUAACGCUGCCACGCAAGCGCAAAAGAUUUGUUUUUAUUGAUCUGUGCAUAAUACCGAUAUGUGAUUGUUUGUAAACAUAGUUUUUAUUUUUAGAUUUACUCAACUAUACCCAUUCCACGAAAAGUAUUAUAGUUUGCUUGUAGAUAUAAUUUUUGUUAAAUCGAAUAUUUUUUCUUAAACUAACUCUUAGAAAAGUUUGAGACCUAAAAAUCAAAUGAACUACAUAUAAAAUGUUAAAACAGACCAGUUAAAAUAAGGUUAUCAAAUAACGCACAAGCUCCUUAGUUGUUUUGUAAAUCGACGUUUACCUAAUCCGAGCUCAUUUAUGAUGAAUAAUCAUAAACCAAAAUGUUGUAAUAUAAAUACAAAUCAAGAUUGUUGCCAAGUUCUGUCAAUAAAAAGUGUAUUAAAAA